AAAUUACGGAAACAUGAAAAAUAAAGGACCGGAGUUUGGCUCGUGUAAAGUGUAACAGUAGACCAACGGAAUUCCACACGCCACCACUGUACAGCCGAGAAAUUUUCCUUGAAGAGUCCUUCGCAGGUCCUAACCAUAGAAGUAGGGAAGAACCCAAAACGUAGAUACCUCUUCUUUGCUCGAUCUGGGAAGAUUUGGUUUAUUGUUCGCAAUACAGAAGGAGAGAGAGAGAUACAAGAGAAAAAAUGCAUGAUUUCUGCUUUACGAUCCCUUAUGGACUAAUUCUGAUGGUAGGAGGACUAGUUGGGUAUAUCAAGAAAAGAAGCAUGGCGUCGUUGGCUGGGGGAGUGGGCACUGGUUUGCUUCUCGUCUUAGCUGGAUUUUUGAGUCUCAAGGCUUUUGACAAGCGAAAGAAUUCUUAUCUUGCUUUGGUCAUCGAAACUGUUUGUGCAGCAGCACUGACGUUCAUCAUGGGACAGCGUUACAUGCAGACCUCUAAGAUUAUGCCUGCUGGUAUUAUUGCUGGGAUAAGUGUUCUUAUGACAGGGUUUUAUGUGUACAAAAUUGCAACUGGUGGCAACCACAUUCCAGCCAAGGCUGAGUGAUGGUAUUUUGAGAAUUUGUACACCACUAAUGUCAAUAGCUGUAUUGAGAUGGGGAAACUCUGAUUACUGUAUUGGAAGAUUUUAAUUUCUUGGACAAACUUGUACAAGCAUGUUAUGCCAUCGCUAUUUCUAUAUGAAGCAACAAUUGCUUGUCUUUCAAGUGAGAAAAAUUUGAAACCUGUUUCUUA